AUGCCAGCACAAAUAAUAAAAACGAUAUUGAUGAUAUUGCUUACAACGAAAUUAAGCUUUAAAGGCCUCGUAUUAGUAUUAAGAAUUUUGAUAGUACAAAACGGAAAUUCGGCUGAUAAACACGUUGAAGUUGAGCAAUUGAAUAAUCUACUUGUUGAUAAGAAAGAUAUUAUUGAUCGUAUACUUGAAUCUAAACCUGUGUAUGCAAUAGGUCCCAACUUUUACAAGAACUAUUCUUUUCCUUUCAUUACUUGUUGGGCGACAAGUGAGUUGGAGCCAUCAGUUUUAGAACAACCCGCGGCAAUAUUUGAUUAUAAAUUUAUAGUAAGAUGCCAAAUUAUUGAACCAAUUGAUGGAAAUGAUACAUCAAAAGUCAAUAGUGCUACAGAAAGUUUUGAAGGGAAUAAUAAUAAUGGUGGUAAUUCUCGUAGCAGCAAAAGUAAUAACAGAAGCGGCAAUGAUAAUUAUAGGAUGAAGAGAAUUGACCCCAUUGAACAUCUAAGUAAUGCACCUAAGCCUGGAAUUCUCAGACAAGCCGAUAGUGCUAAAACUACAUCAAGCGAAUGGGAUUUACAAGCAGCGGGCACUGGUGUUACUGGAUAUAGUUGGUUAUAUGAGGACAAAUCUGGUGAGCUAAAUCUUAAGUUUGAGCCUGGACUUCAUAAGUGCAAAGGAAGGAUUUUAAUUGAUGGGUAUCUUGCCAGGAAUUUCGAAAUUUACAAAACCAAAGCUGAUAAGAUGCCCCCAAGUAUCUCAUACAACGAUCUUAAAGAUUUCAAUGAAAAAUUCGCAAAACUUAAUUUUCAUCAGGGGGCAGUUGAAGGUCUCAUCUUUACUACAGUACUACGAAUGGAAUGGGAUCAAAAAGGCAAUAAAAGAAGUGAAGAAAUACAGAAAAACAACAAAGGAACCACCAAAAGAAUGAUAAAAAAACCACAAAGAAGUAACAAAAAAAUGAUAAAAAAUACUAAAAAGUGA